AUGGCUUCAGCAAUUCCACGCAUUCUUUUAGAAGUCUCAGGCAUUCGUGUAGUAGUGUCCGGUUUGCUUCUAGCAGCGACAGGCUUCCCUCUACCAAUGUUACGCAUUGUCAUGAAUCCACGGCAUGCUCCUAGGAAUCAUAAUUUAUGCUAUGCAUUUCAGCCUUAUGCCACCCCUAAUAUUAAUCAUCUUACUUCAUCAUCAUCAUCAUCAUCAAUACCAACACUUCCACCUACAACAACAUCAACAUCAUCAUCAACAACAACAACAACAACAACGACGACAAUCAGAGCUUCAAAACUAAGUCCACUUGAAAAUUUGGCAGCUGUGCGUGGUUAUACAAUAUCCUCCACAACAGUAACCGAAAAUUUUAUGAUUUUGGAUGAAAAGAUAAGUGGUUACAUUAAAGCAGUACGAUCUGCAGAUGAUUUUCAAGAAUUUUGUACUUCUUAUUGUACAAAACUACCACGUUUAUAG